GUAUCGAAUUCGCCACACCAACAGCAGAAGAGAUACCCGUGCUCUUCGUGCCACUAGCACACCGUAUUUGUCUCUGUACACAAUCGUUUCGCCUACACUUGUUUCCCUCCGCAAAACAAAAGUGAGAAAGAGAGAGGGAAACAGGCUGCCGCCUAGAGAAGAAAAACCUAGUUUAAAAUACUAGUGCGUCAUGGCGCAGCGCUCUUCUCCCUCGUCAUCAACGUUCAGCGUGAACGCAAGUGCAGGUCAGACGCUGAUCCUCAUCGCCUCCGACGGCGUCCGCGUGAGUGUGAACCGCGCCGUCGCCACCGAAGCCUCCUAUGUCCUUCGCGACCUCCUCGAUGGCCAGGAACUCGCCUCUAGUCCCAUCUCGAACAACGACGGAGCUGCUGGGGUAUUUCUGAGCGAGGUGGGCGAGCCGUCAACGCACUUGUCAGCCGCCGGCGCCUCCAUGACGGUGCACGACUUGGAGAACCUCUUCGACGACCCUGCCCCGUCCCCCACCGUCUCACAAAGCGCCUCGGCGGUGCGCGUGAAAGCGGCGGUGCCGGACUUGAUGGAAUUCUUUCCUGUUGCCCCCGCGGCCGCCGCCACCCCAUCCAGCAGCGGCGCCAACGCCGCCAUCACCACAUCCUCCACUGCUGCUGGUGCUGCGUCCAGCUCGAGCCCCAGAGUCGAGGCACCGACGGGUGACAUUUUAGCAAGCCUGUGGGGCCCACAGCCGACGCGUGAGUUCGACAGCCCCGCGAAGGCGUCGACGUCGACCGCGCAGGUGCCGUCCUUUGUGCCGCUGCACCCGUCGUCCCCCGCCGCGCCGCCGCCGCCUGCCGAGGUGGAGCUCGACUUCCCCUACUUCACCGGGGAUAUUUUGGAGCGCGUUUGCCGGCACAUGUCGUACCGCUUCCGCAUGUCCGCCUUCGGCGCGGAAGACGGCCGGUAUCGCGUGUACGUCGUCAAAACCCGCUCGAUCCCGCGUCCCAUGACGCUACCACUCGUCGAGUACCUCGACGCGAAGGACCGCCGUUUCAUCUCCGACUGGGAUGAGCUCACCACGGUGCAGAUGGUGAAGGCGGCGACGCUGCUGAAUUAUGAAGAGCUUCUCCAACUUGCCGCGGCGAAGCUCGCGUCCUACCUGAUUGACCGCGACCUGGAAGGUGUGCGGACCUUUCUUGGUGUCGACAACGACUUUGAUGCGGCGGAGGAGGCGGAGCUGAAGAAGGAGCAGGCGACGGAGUUCGGUCGAUGA